AUGGAAUCCUUGGACCAGGCGGUGUCCGAGGGAGAUCUUAUCCUUCUUUACGUCCUGGGGCAGAGGGCCUUCAUGUUCCUUGUUGAAUCAUGCCCUGACAGUCAAAUCUCGAAUCCCAAAAUAUCGUCUAUCACAGUCAGGGAAGUGAAGGUGGGCUAUUUAGACGAACCCGGUCGCUGUGUAGUAUCCGGUCCAGACGUCUAUUAUAACGAGGAGGAAGACGAUGAUACAUCAGAGGACGAUGACAGUUCUAGUGAAGUAAGCUAUGGCCUUACAUGGGGUCGACUGAGUAUGUAUGUGGCUCGCUUCCCUGCGGAUUCUAAAAUUGAAUACCGCGUCAACCCCCAUGGACGCGAUGUCCUGAAGGACUACUGGCGUGGCAAAUGCCCGUUUUGUCAAACGCUUGGUUGGUACUGUCCCGGCUGUUCUUGGGACUUUCCAGACCUUCGCGGUGGGUGCUCUGUAGAUCAGUCGUGUCCCGUGUGCCUAGGCUACGAUUUCGCUAUGGACGAUAAAAUCAGGUCGAGAGAGGUGGGAGAGUACGAGACUAGGCUCUCCAGAGGCGAGUGUUCAUUUGGAUGUUAUGGGGAACCUGAAGAACUGAAACAGGAGAUCCUCAAGAUGGUACGGGAACGAUAUGAGUUCAUCGAUGCUCGGAGGCAGGAGAUGGGUCUCAGUGGCUAUGAUGUAGAUGACAUAGUGGAGAGUUGGUUUGCUGAUGGCGACGACGAAUGA